CCGGCGACGAUCGACGAUUCUCCGGUGAACAAUUACAAGAUCGAUGAUGCUCCUGCUUCUCUCCGGCGAAAUCAACGACUCUCUUGCGUAAAUCUAAUUACUCCGACAAAAUCCGACGAGAUCGAAGAUUUGCUCCGGUGAACACUUACAGGAUAAUCGACAAAAUCAGAGAUAGAUUUAUUUUGAAGAUCAAAGAGUUUGGUGAGCUGUUUGAAGAAGCAACAAGGACUUUGAACAAGAAGUGGUUUGUGCUAUCAAAGAAUUACAGAUUUAUAAAGCUUUAUAAAAGUUGCAGAGUUGGCUUCUUAACACCAUCUUUUCUAUCAUCUCAUUUAGACUUCUCUUAUACUUGAAGAGGUUAUAAUGAUUGAAGUGUGUUCUGUAUGUGGAGAAUGGAAGCUAAUAAAUGGAAUUCAUUGGGAUUUCACAAUCGAUGUUGAUAGAGGAUGUUCUUUUAGUAUGAUUCAUGAAGAUAUCAGCUACAAUGAUUUGAUUGGGGUUGUUUUAGAAGAUUUUGGGAUCGAUGACAACAAAAACAGUGUAAAUCUUAGCUAUCUCUCACCUUCCAAAUUAAACUUUGGUACAAAAGAACUUCCUCCAGUUUUUAUUAGGAAUGAUCGUCAAGUAACGUCAUAUAUUAACAAACUUCAAGAGAAUGCAGACAUUCAUCUAUGUGUAACUAUUAAGAGAAAAGCACAAAUAUCGCCAUUGAUUAUAUCAAACAUGAUGCAGACACGUGAUGAAAUUUCCAGUACUCAUGAUUCACCUAUUGCUGGAAGUAGUAACGCAUUUGAGAGAAGAAAACACACACACCCCGACAGUGAAUGCAACAACAUUCAUAGAGUUGACGAAGUCUCUGGUAUAGAACAUACUCGUAUAAGAGAUACUCCUAUUUCUCCUUCUAGUGGUGUUAUUGGCAAUAAGAGAGGAUUGCACUCAAUGGGACCUGAUGUAUAUGGAUCUGAAAAGUCAAAAUUGUCAUCUUUUUCUAGUAGACGUGGUAGAGAAAGCAUGAGAGAGGAUUCACAUUCCCAUUCGGAAAUCUUGUCACCAAUUUGUUUUGCAAAUCAACGCGAUGAUGAUAAUGAUUUGUUCUGCGGGAAGUUUUUCAAGGAUAAAAAGGAAAUGAGCACAAAGUUGAAGCUGCAUGCUGUUAGUCAAGGCUUUGAGUUCUCCACACAGUAUUCAGACAAACAACGUUAUAUUCUUAAGUGUGUGGAUGAAAAAUGCAGUUGGGAUUUUCGUGCGAAAUCAGUUAAAGAAUCUGAGAGUUUUGUUGUGCGCAAUUAUGUUUCUAAGCAUACAUGUGACACUUCUCUGAGACGUGUUAACCAUCGGCAAGCUACUGCAAAAAUGUUGGGAAGUAUGAUCAGCAAUGGUUAUAAAGGAGGAAAGAUUGGGUUGAAGCCUAAACACAUCAUAGACAAAGCUAGGGAUGAUCAUGGUGUUGUGAUUUCAUAUUCAAAGGCUUGGAGGUGUCAAGAGCAUGCCCAAGAUCUGGCUAGGGGUACUCCUGAUGACAGUUUUGAAGCUUUGCCCAGCUGGUUUCACAUGUUUAAAGAGAAGAAUCCAGGUUCAGUGACUUUUAUUGAAGUUGAUUCUGUGGGGAAAUUCAAAUAUGCAUUUUUGUCGUUUGGUCCAACUAUCAGAGGGUUUAAGCUGAUGAGGAAGGUACUUUCUAUUGAUGGUGCACAUCUGAAAUCAAAGUAUAAAGGAACUCUACUUGCUGCGACAGCACAAGAUGGUAAUUUUCACUUGUAUCCUAUAGCUUUUGCUAUAGUUGAUUCUGAGAAUGAGGCCUCAUGGAGUUGGUUUAUGACGUGUAUGAAAACCAUCAUUCCUGACGAGGAGGAUCUGGUUUUUAUCUCUGAUCGUGCAGCAUUAUCCUCUUGCUCACCAUGGUAUUUGCAUCUUCCAUUUUGAAAAGAAUGUCCUGGACAAGUUUAAGAGUACAACACUUAUCCCAUUGAUUGUUGAGGCUGCGUAUGCGUACACCAAGGGAGAUUUCCAUUAUUUGUUUGAUGAAAUUGAGGCGUCAGACCCUGAAGUAGCUGAGUAUCUUCGUAAAGCGGACUUCAAGAAGUGGUCGCGAGCUUAUUCUCUUGCCAAUCGCUACAACAUGAUGACAUCAAACUUGGCGGAAUCAAUUAACUCUUUGCUGAAAGAGAGUCGUGAGUAUCCAAUAGUUUGUCUUUUUGACACUAUUAGGAUGAUCAUGACGAGGUGGUUCACUGAACGUCGUGAGGAAGGAACUCGUCAUAUCCACCUCUCCACAUUCAAAGUAGGGGAAAAGAUGAAGGAGUUAUAUAAUCUUAAGUCUCGCUGGCUUGAGGUUUCCAAAAUCAAUGAUUUAGAGUAUGAGGUUAAGGGAGAUACAAGAGAUCAAGUGGUGAAUUUUCAAAACAGGCAUUGUUCAUGCUUGGUGUUUGAUGUCGAGAAGUUUCCUUGUGCUCAUGCUAUUGCCGCUGCAAAAGCUGGAAAUAAACAUGAAAAUGAUUAUGUCGAUGAUUUUUUCUCCAAUGAAAGGUUUAAGCAAGCAUAUUCAGAAAGCAUAUAUCCUGUUGGUGAUAAAGCAUAUUGGGAUAUUCCCUUAGAUGUAGCAAAAUUUGUUUGUCGCCCUCCAUCUACUCGCUUUCCUAGUGGCAGAAGGAAGAAAAAAAGAAUUCCAAGUUCGUGGGAGUAUGGAAAAUACCGUUCCAAAUCCCAAUCAACACCCAAAGGUUACAAAUGCAGCAGAUGUGGGCAGCAAGGACACAACAAGAGUACAUGUGUUGAGCCAAUUGGAUAACAAGAGUCUUUUAUCAAAACUUGUCUUCAUUUGAUUAUUUUAUAUGAUGUUAUAACAAUUUGAAUCUCAUAUCUUCUGAACCUUUUAUUAUUACUUUCAUCAUUUUAUAGUAUGCUUUACAGAAUUUAUAAGUAUUUCUAAAAG